UUCUGCAGCCCAAGCAAAAACGAUGCAUAGUAGUUCAUGUAACCUCACAACGUAAACACAGUUUUUCCCCUUUGUUUUCGACUUUUCUAUCCCUAAUUCGCCGUCUUGAUGGACAACCUUCUUUCGGCGUUAUUUUCCUCUCCGGAGGAAGAGCAAUACGUUUUGGAUUGCAUGGCUUACUUUUUAAUUUUAAUGGCUGCGUUCACGUUUGUUUGCCUGUUGUUCGUAGACGCGGCGUAUGGUCGGUACGCUUCGAGGAAAUACGGAUUUCUGGUGAACGCCAAGCUGGCUUGGUUUGUCCAGGAGCUGCCCUCGUUCCUGGUGCCAGUGUGUCUGCUAGUGUGGGCAUCCUCGGCAAAGAUCUCCCUGCUAGCCAAUCAGUUGCUCAUUGCAAUGUUUUUGUGCCACUAUGCACAGAGAGCACUUAUUUAUCCAUUUUUAAUCCGAGGAGGUAAACCGACAGCAUUUCUCUCUUUUUUCCUGGCUGUUGUUUUCUGCAUAUACAAUGGCUUCAUGCAGAUCAGAUAUCUGAGCCACUAUGCAGAGUACCCUGCAGAUUGGGUGACGAAUCCAUGCUUCAUUGCAGGUUCUGUGCUGUGGCUGCUUGGCUGGCUGAUAAAUUUGCACUCUGACCACAUCCUGAGGAAUCUGAGGGGGCCUGGAGAGAGCGGAUAUAAGAUCCCCAGAGGUGGAAUGUUCGAGUAUGUAUCCGCAGCCAACUAUUUUGGGGAGAUAACCGAGUGGGCGGGCUUCGCUCUGGCAGGCCAAUCUGUUCAGAGCGUGGCCUUCGCCAUCUUCACCGCAGUGGUCCUCAGCACCAGAGCUUUUUCCCACCACAAAUGGUACCUUGCUAAAUUUGAGGACUACCCCAAAACAAGGAAGGCAUUGAUCCCGUUUUUACUGUAGAAUAUUCUCAAAUAUGGCACAGCGCAGUAGCAGCAGGCGAUACGCUCGACCCAAUAACUCAUCCGCUCGAAAUGAACUGUGUCGAGGUUGACACUUGCGAUUGUGGGUGAUUUAUGAGAGGCUGCUGCGAAGCGUGCACAAGACAGUAACUAGUGCAGGAUCAUAGGAGGAAGGUGGGGCAAAAAUACAGAACUGGACUUGCACUUACAUGAAAACUUACAGGUGACCUUUUAGGCGGCCGGACUGAGUGAAGUGUAACCUGAAGCUUAAAUCACAGCGUGCCUGCGGCAAGUGCCAUCUGCAUUUUUUUCCCCCCGUAAAUAUUCACAGGUCAACAGAGGACAAAUAUUUAAAGCGUACCAUUUUAACUAAUAGCACACACACAUUUUUAACGUCUUAACCGCUUUUUUGAAAUGUGUGCUGACUUUCUCUACACGACUGAGAAAGUUCAUGUUACUAUUAUGAUUUUUUUUAUGCAGUGUUUUUGAAAUAAAUGUGAUUUAUCAUUUGUACACACGAAUGGAGUUUAAAGUGAAAGCGGUAUCCUUCAUGCCAUUUGUUUUUGAGCCACCGUAUUACAAGACCACUAUUCCGCUUGACAUGUCUUCAGGCGCGAAGGGAAAGAUUUACUCUCGCAAUUAUGUGGUUUGUGCGUUGACGCCAAAUGCAGUAUUCAUACUUCUACACACCACAACGCCUACAGGAUUGAGGGGAAGCAUAUUAGUUCAUUUAACAUGCAUGCCAGCGAGAGAGGCGGGGAACAGAUGCUCCAUCACAUCAUCUACUUAUUUAUUACUACAUGGUGAACAUUUGUAAAAAUUACAUUUUUGUCAUUCUAAAUUCAAUUAUGAGAGAAACUGCAAAUUAACAAACAAAAAUGAGUUUGGUGCAAGCUAACGUGGAUGUUUAGGGAAUACUUUGCAACAACCGGGGGAAAUAAAGCGCAUCUGCAAAUCUAAAAUAA